AUAGCUGCAGUUUUAAUUAUUUAAAUAAAAGAAAGCCAUGAUCACAUCUGUUAUAAGCUAUUCCUUAAUAAUUGUGCUCGGAUGCAUCAUUGUGAUAACAAUGCGGAUUACUCUGCCGUGCAUAUGGGCAUUUGAUGGACAGAUUUGGUUCCAACAAAUGAAAUUCAAUGUGAUCAAGGUGUAUGUAUCUUUGACGGCCGUAAUUGUGCUUGAAAUGCUAUUGAUAUAUCUGAGUGUUAGUAUGAUGUAUAUGAUAGCAGAUUGGCUAUCUGUGUUGUACCUGCCUCUGCUUAUUUAUGGCAUGCAUCGCACAUAUGUGUUAUGCGUUGUGCAUUUUCCAACACUUAUCAGUGCCGCAGAUGCGAAUAGUUUGCUUUUACAAUACUUCCAAGAUAACUUUGAGAACGACGAUCCCAAAUGGCUGGACUUGCAGGCAGAGUUGGAAUGCUGCGGCUUGCAAGGUCCUCAAACUUACAUGGACUAUUUGCGCCAGGUGCCUGACGUGUGCUAUCGUAAAGGUGUCUUAGUCACUCGCGGAUGUGAGGGUAUUGUCUACGAUACUUUCCAUGGUGUUCACUGGCUGUCCAAGCUACUCAGCUGGUUGGCAUUGGCUCUGCAGCUCAUAACCUUCCUCCUUUACCUAAAGCUUCUAAUUAUGAAAUAUAUUUACUUAAUUUGUCGAAGCAUAAGAUGAUCUAGUAUGUAGCAGAAGUAAGGGUAUCCACUUACGUAUUUGUUUAGAUUAUAAAAUGUAUCAAAGCUAAAGUAUUUUUUGUAUUCAGUCAGCAGACGUCAAGCUCCCAUCUCCAAGGG